CGUUAGCUUCCUACAUCCUUUGAUUCAUCAAUUUUUUUGUUUUUUUGUGUGAUUGUCUUUCAUAGCCCAUAAUAAUGCUUCUGAAGAGCCACCGUCUCCUACUACUGCAACUACUCAUUGCCUCAAUCUAUGUAACGUCCUGUUUUGGGACUUACUAUCAGAACCUUGAUCAUUUUCAUAGACCAACAGUACUCUACCGUCCUCCAUGGUAUUUUAGAGACCAACAAAACUACAACUACUACUACAACCGUAGGCCUAACUAUGCUCACCAGCGCAGCUACAAUAAUGAAUUUCAGGCCAGUGAUCCAGUGACCAGGUCGAAGGUAGUCAAUGUGAAUGAUUAUGGAGCUAAAGCUGAUGGAACGGAUGAUUCACAGGCAUUCAACAAAGCUUGGGAGGAAGCUUGUUCUUAUGGAGGAGAUGUUCUGAUGGUAGUCCCUCAGAACAGGGUUUAUGUUGUCAAACCGGUUACUUUCUCAGGGCCGUGCCGUUCCAACAAUCUUGCAUUCAAAAUUUAUGGCACAAUUAAAGCCACAGAUAAUCCAUCGGAUUACUCAGAGGAUAGAAGAUAUUGGCUUCGUUUUUCCAAUGUUGAAAACUUGAGAGUGUACGGUGGUGGCAUCAUUGAUGGCAGUGGGAAGAUUUGGUGGCAAAAUUCCUGCAAAGUUAACCAAGAACUCCCAUGCAGGGAUGCCCCAACUGCUAUGACUUUCUCUGAUUGCAGUAAUUUACUGGUCUAUAGCCUUUGGUUCCAAAAUGCACAGCAAAUGCAUCUCAAAUUUGACAAAUGUUUCAAUGUAAAAGCUUCGAAUCUCCAGGUGACUGCUCCAGGGGACAGCCCUAAUACGGAUGGAAUUCAUGUCACAGAGACGAAGAAUAUUAAGAUUCUGAACUCUGUCAUCAGGACAGGUGAUGACUGUAUUUCCAUAGUUAGUGGCUCAAAAAAUGUUCGUGCCAUUGAUAUAACCUGUGGACCGGGGCACGGGAUAAGUAUUGGAAGUUUAGGGGCUGGGAAUUCGGCUGGCUAUGUGUCAAAUGUUCUGGUAGACAAAGUAAGACUUUCAGGAACCACUAAUGGACUGAGAAUAAAGACUUGGCAGGGAGGAUCAGGGUACGCCAAAAACAUCAUAUUUCAAAACGUGCUAAUGCACAAUGUGACCAAUCCUAUAAUCAUCAACCAAAACUAUUGUGAUCAAGAUGAGCCAUGCCCACAGCAGUACUCUGCCGUUGAAAUAAGCAACGUGAUGUACAGCAACAUCAGAGGAAGCAGUGCAUCCGAGGAUGCCAUAACUUUCAACUGCAGCAAGAGCUUCCCAUGUCAAGGGAUUUGGUUGCAGAGCAUAGCAUUGGCAAGGCAAGAGUUAAACCAAGACGAUGACCAAGUUGCUAAAGCUUCAUGUUCGAACGUUGGAAUAAUCAGCAGAGGGAGUGUCUCUCCUCGUUGCUCCACAAAAUAAUUUAAGGUGUUAUUCUUAAUGAGCUUUAAUUGUAAAUACCCUUUUGGAUUGUGGAACUGUCUUGGUUGUGUCGUAAAAAUCACUAUGAAAGUGAUUUGUUAUUGUUAAUUUAUUUCCAGUUGACAAAUCCUACAUGCUCAUGCUGUGUUAUUUUGCAUGUAAGAGAUUUUUAUCGUUGUUUUUUUUCUUUUUUUUAAUGUAAAACUGGAACUCAACAUGUGUCUUCCUGCGGUUCGUCUGUGUGUGUGUUUUCUUAAUAAAUUUUUAUAAUAAUA